CACAACAGUGUGGACCCCAGGAGAGCCAAGACUGUCAUGCCAACUGUAAAGAAGGAGAAUACAGCGGAGGAUGCUAUUUGCGACCAUCUGAUGAAAGACAAGAACUCGAGGGGGUGUGCUGAAAUGGACAGAGACCAGAGUAGUCAAGCCAGCGGCUGCAGGGAGGCUCACCAAGACCCGCACGCACCCAACCUUCAGCCAAACAACAGCAUGGCUGUAGACUCCAAGUCCACCACAGAUGACCUCUUCAGUAUGAUCCCCUCUGGCGGGAAGCAGAUGUACGUCUAUGAAAUAGUAGUACCAGUGGAGUAUUCCUCAGACCUGAAAG